GAUGUCCAUGCACACCCAAUUCAUAUUUUUAUUUUUAUUUGGGCACGGGGCCAACACACCACAAGAACAGUAUAGUACUGGCACAUCUUAAUAUACAGCAUACAGAAUAUACAACGCAUAUGCUAUGACAUAACUCUCUACCAGUGCAUAAAGACUUCCUUGUGCCACCGCCAGGCGGCAGAAAGAAAGCAGAUGGGCGGAUACGAGCAUUGUAUCUGCAAGGCCACCUCACUUCCUCGUAGUUCCUGUAUCGCUGUCAUCCAACUGGUUCACUGUGUCUUUAAAGCGCACAGUCGAUAGCAUCUAUCCGGCUACAUCCCAAUAUCAACACGCCCGGCCCUCCGCUCACGGCAACAUACCGACAGGUUUAGAGACUCCGUUCGGGCCGUAUGGCACUACUCAAGACUGGGGCACGGCAUCACGGAACUGGCUGUGCUCAGGACAGUGAGUGCUUAACAACCGGAGACCCGGACAUGGAGCCCCACAGCUCGAAACGGCACGUCUCCAAGAAGAGGCGGAGGGAGGGAUCCAACGGCGAAGCGGAGGACGGCGAGCGGUUGGGGAAGCUCCCCCGCUGCACCGUAGGCGUGAGUGAUCCUGCGCCCUUUGCAGACGAGCUUGCGUCACCGACCACGCCCUACCUGCGCGUCAGCAUGGACGAAGCACGCAAGGGAACCCCACCGGAGCGACCGGUGCGGGUGUACGCAGACGGGAUCUUCGACGUCUUCCACUCGGGCCACGCCCGCGCCCUGAUGCAGGCCAAGCGGCUGUUCCCAAACACACACCUCAUCGUGGGCGUGUGCAGUGACGAUCUGACGCACAAGUUCAAGGGCUUCACCGUGAUGAACGAGGACGAGCGCUACGACGCCGUCAGCCACUGUCGCUACGUCGACGAGGUCGUCCGCGACGCUCCCUGGACCCUCUCCCCCGAGUUCCUCGCCGAACACCGGAUCGACUUUGUUGCCCAUGACGAUAUCCCAUACUCCUCUGCGGGGAGUGACGACGUUUACAAGCACAUCAAAGAGGCAGGCAUGUUUGCACCCACUCAGAGGACGGAGGGCAUCUCCACCUCUGACAUCAUCACGCGCAUCGUCCGCGACUACGACCUGUACGUGCGCCGGAACCUGCAGAGGGGCUACACCGCCAAAGAACUCAACGUCAGCUUCAUCAAUGAGAAGAAGUACCACCUGCAGGAGCGCGUGGACAAGGUGAAGAGGAAGGUCAAGGACGUGGAGGAGCUCUCCAAGGAGUUUGUGCAGAAGGUGGAGGAGAAGAGCAUCGACCUCAUCCAGAAGUGGGAGGAGAAGUCACGCGAGUUCAUCGGCAACUUCCUGCAGAUGUUCGGGCCAGAGGGGGCGCUGACAAUCCUGGAGACAGUUGGGACUCAUUUCAGGAUUUACCAAUGGUGUAAGAAAAUUUCACAACAAGCAAAAUGUUUUCUACUAGAGAGAAAACAUGAGAUCUUAAGUCAUAUUAUAGGACUGAAAUGCAUGUUAAGACUAAUUAUUUUGCUGUGAGAAGCAUUAUGUUUAUCUAUCUAUGACCUGCUUCUCUUAAUAACGUAGCUAACUUGGUGACUUGAAAAAUAAGAUCUGAAGUCUUGUUAUAAGACAAAAACGCACGUUAAGCAUGUUUUUGCAGUGUGACGCAUUAUGCCUAUCCAUGGAAACGGUGAAGACCAGCCCACAAGAUGACUUAAAACUGUCUUAAUAACCAAGCUAGCUUGAUGACUUUGUACUAAGUGGAUGUCCGGGAUGAGAGUUUGAGUUGAGAAUGUGUGUUGUUCUGAAUAAGGGUAUGUGCUAAAUGAAUGUAAUCUAAUGUAAUGUAACGUAACGUAACGUAAUGUAAUG